UGUCCUCUUUGGCACGCCGUACGUGUAGUUUGCUCAGAAGUCAGCCAUGAAGAUGACGGAGGAAAACAGUAAUGAUAAACCCGCAAUUACAAUGGAGGAGGUCCAGCGUCUGAUUAAAAAGAAAGAUGAAAUUGAGGAGCAGAUUAAAGCAUACCACGAGGUGCUAGAAGAUCAAGGCGAUGUGGGCAUGCACGCACCUCUAGUGGAUGUGGAAGGCUAUCCUCGCGCAGAUGUGGAUUUGUUCCAGAUCCGAACAGCAAGGCACAGCAUCUCAUGUUUGCAGAAUGAUCACAAAGCGAUCAUGGUGGAAAUCGAAGAGGCCCUUCACAAACUGCAUGCUCGGGAAAGAGCCAAGCAAGAGCAGGACCAGGCAGAAGCGCAGAUGGAGAGCAUGGAGCAGGACCUGUCUUUGCCGCCCCCUUUUGCCCGAGUGGACACUGUGACUCAAGGUUCCCCUGCUUAUCAGGCGGGUCUGUGCGUGGGUGAUGAGAUCGCCGAGUUCGGUUCAGUUAAACCGAGCAACUUCCACAACCUGCAAAACAUCGCUUCUGUGGUGCAGCACAGUGAGGGGAAAUCUGUGAGUGUCGUGGUGAUUCGGAACGGACAGAAAGUUCGCCUCAGCUUAACUCCACAGCGCUGGUCUGGAAGAGGUCUUCUAGGGUGCAACAUCGUUCCUCUUCGCAGAUGACCGAGAUCAGGAAAGCUCAAGACCCAUUCCGGCCAAAGGGCUUGCCUUUAAACCAACCCGAGCAUUUUUUUGUCACCGAGUGACUAAACACUUUCUACAUUUUCCAAUAUAAUUUGUUUAGACAGAAUUAUUUUUCAAUUCAUAAAUACACUGAUCACACAUUUGUGCAUUUAAACCCUACACAUGUCUUUGUAUUUAGUGAAGUUAUGGCAUGGGGGAAAAAAAUCCAGACUAUUUUCUAGUGCAGAAGCUGCACAGAAUAUGAAUAAAUAUUUAACAACUA